UUUAGCUCCUCUAACACAUCCACACUCACACAUACAGUCAGUUAAAAUCUUCUGGUUCAUCUGACCUGCAUGUUUUUGCACUGUAAAGGAAACCCACACAGAUAUAGAUUAACCUGCAAACUCUACAUAGAUAUACAUCUGCUGAAAAGCUGAAAAGACACCGCUGGCUCAGCGAUUGCUUUGAGUUGUUAGGUUGCUUUAACUCUGUCUGGCCAAUUAAGCCAAACAAGAACCAGCUGGUCCACCUGUGACGCUCACAGAGUCUCAACAACCAAAGAUGAACACCUACCAAUUAAUCUUUUUGGUGACAUUUAUUUCUUUAUCACUGCUCCUUUUGAAAUGUGAAGCCCAUACCCUUUUAAAUCAAUUUCAAGCAACAGUUUAUAAAAUUAUGAAUGAUAAUACAUUGAUCUGCCAUGAUGGGUUCAUGUCCGUUUACAUACCAAAGGAACAGUUUGCCGAUCUUCCUCUAACCAUUUAUGUUCAAGAUGAGCAUGGUGGAUUUUACCAAGCCAUUGCUAUAGCAAAACAGUGCCAGUACUUCCUUGGAGAAACUGACACCUUUUUUAUUUUAACAGUUGCCUCCCAUGGCUGUUUUGUGAGAAGACAAAAAUAUAUCACAAGUUUGUUUGUUGUCAUCAUGGCACUUGCAGACAGAGGAAAAGUUGAAAUUGUCAAGUCAAUACCCCUCAUCUGUGACAGGAAAAUUAAAGAGGAAAGCAAACAUGAUUAUCCACCAGUAUCAAGGAAAUUUUUCUGCAACAAAGAUGGGUUCAACAUCACCAUUCCCCAGAAUGAGACAGUCCCACCUCUGAACCUGGACACAGUCUGGAUCCCUUCUGGCGAACAACACAAUUGUAAACCACAAAAAAGAUCCACUGAUGCUGUCACUUUCAGCUUUCCAUUCACUGAUUGUGGCACUCAGUCCACGGUAGUAGAUGGGAUUAUAACCUACUGGGUCAACAUUGAGGUGAAACAUCAUCUGCAGAAAGGCUCUAUAUUUCGUGACACUCCUUUCCACCUCACUGUGCGCUGCAGCUUCUCACUGGCACAAAUGACUCAACUAGGCAUCGAGAUUCAGGGAGAAAAAUCAGAGCAACCAUCAACACUGAAGAGCGAGGGAGUUCUGAGGGCUGAAAUGAGGUUUGCUAAAGAUUCCACUUACAGGUCUUUUCAUUCCUCUCGUGACCCUCCAACAGUAACUGAGCUUGGCCAGUCCGUGUAUGUGGAGGUGUUUGUCCUCAAACAUCGGGACAAGGAUUUGGUGCUGCUGCUGCAGGACUGCUGGGCCACACCGACUAAAAACCCACAUGAUCCACAAAGAUGGAACCUGCUUGUUAAAGGGUGUCCUUUCACUGGUGAUAGUCACGGGACUGUUGUGUUGCCAGUUCUCUCCAAUAAGGGGCUCAAGUAUCCCUCUCUCCACAAAUGGUUUGUGGUCAAGCUGUUUUCAUUUGUGAAGCCCCCAACAGCUGAAACCCUGGUAUAUUUCCACUGCGAUAUAGAGAUCUGUAAAGGAGAAGCUUGCUCACAGUCCUGCAGCAAUGGAAGGCGUAAAUCAAGAAGAAUCACCUCAAGGCCAGGACAGAGGCUCUAUUACAGUGUGGUCUCUGGCGGACCUCUUCUUUAUCUUCUUUAAUGAAUCAGAUAAAAUUGCAGCUAUUUCAUUUCUGUAAUGUUUGGAGGCGCCAGGAUUGGAAACAGCGGAGCCAAGAACUGUCCAUGAUUUGUAAUUAAAAUAAAUCUGUUCCCUCUAAUA